CCCUUCGAGGAGGUGUGGAGCCGCAGUUACUGUCGCGCUCUGGAGACCCUGGUGGACGUGCUGGGCGAGUUCCCCCACGAGGCUGAGCACGUGUUCAAGCCGUCCUGUGUCCCGCUGCGGCGCUGCGCUGGCUGCUGCGGCGACGAGGACCUGGAGUGUGUCGCCGUGGAGACCCGCCCCGUGGCCAUGCAGGUCGUCCGCCUCAGUCCGAUCCAGGGGAAGAGUCAGCAGGAGGAGAUGAGGUUCACUGAGCACAGCCGCUGCGCGUGCAGGUGA